UAAAGACUGUUAAUAAUAAGUCCAAGUUAAAAGGAAUGAUUUUAUCGAAUAUGCGAAUACGAAAAUUAUCGCUCAAGAAAUGUAUUUACUUUGCACUGAUCAGCGCUCUGCUGUUAAUAUUUGCUUUUAAAAUCAUCGUUCUGAAGGAGUCGCCCGCCAAGCCCUGGUUCUUCGAUAAUGGUGAAGACUAUCCCCUGCCGACUAAGGGGAUGGGCAUCAAGCUGCUGCCAUUUCAGGAUCCCGAAAAGGACCGCAUUGUCAAUCAGCUGAUGUACGUGCCACACAACUACGAGAAGAUCAAUGCCAGCGGCCAGCUGAAAACCAUUCUCCUCGUCCAUGGCCUGCUUCAAUGGAAUGUGAAGAGGGGCCGCGAUGUCUUCCUGAGCGACAAGUGUCCAGUAGAUAGCUGCGAGCUAACUAACGAUUUGGAUAUGGCUGGCACUGCCGACAUGAUCCUCUAUAAAAACUAUCUGAUCACGGGAAAUGUCAGUUCCACGCGCCUGAUACGUACCAAUAAUACCAAGCAAGUCUGGAUGCUCUACAAUCUGGAGUGUCCCUAUAACACACGCAAAUUAAAGGUGCCAGAUGUCAUUAACUGGACGGCCACCUACAGACGCGACAGCACCAUCGUUGCGCCCUAUUCGAAGUGGGUGUACUACGACGACAACGUCCAGCAGAAGCAGCAGCACCGAAACUAUGCCGCGAACAAAACCAAGAAGGUGGCCUGGUUCGUGUCCAAUUGUAUCGCGGUAAAUGGUAGAUUAAAGUAUGCCCUUGAGCUGCAACAUCACAUCCAGGUGGACAUUUAUGGAGCAUGUGGCAAUUUGACAUGCUCGCGUUUAACCCCAGAAAAAUGCUUUAAGUUACUGGAAAACGAUUACAAGUUCUACCUGGCCUUCGAAAACUCCAACUGCAUAGACUAUAUCACGGAGAAAUAUCUUGUGAAUGCCCUGGACCGCGGGGUGCUGCCCAUUGUGAUGGGUGCCCGGCCGGAGGACUACGAGGCACUUGCACCUCGUCACUCGUACAUACACGUGGAUAGCUUUGAGUCGCCAAAGGAGUUGGCCGAGUACCUGAAAGUUCUGGACGCUGAUGACGUUCAGUACAACUCGUACUUCUUGUGGAGGGGUACGGGGGAAUUCAUUGACACGCACUUCUGGUGCCGGGUCUGUGCUAUGCUGCAUAACGAAGAGGAGCUGCUAAAGCCGUACUGGUACGAAGAUCACAACCAGUGGUGGCGUGGCCCGGACGUUUGCAGCCACCGCUCUUGGAGGAAUAAUAGUGAAUAGUGAAUUUAAAUUGGUCAAUAAAGUGGAAAUGUAUUUAAACAAAA